CUUGGUCAAUGGUGGCAUCACUAGCAUAAUGAAUGGAGGUGAAUCCCAGUGCAUGGAGGCAUUCGACCAUUUGCUAAAUGGGCCAGUGUCUGAAUACAUGAAGACCAGCGCAGCUAUUGGUGGAGAUGUGGCAAAGCAUAGCUCUAGAAAACCACAUAAAAUAUCCACUUCACUUCUGCUUCACACCGCUGAUCUGAACUGCUGUCCGAUUCCCUUGAUUUAACUGGGACUCAUGUAGAUCUGAUCUUUUGAACCUGAAAGUGUGGGUAUAACAGAUGAUAAUUCCUGUGAAGUGCCUUUACCUCGAAAGGCAACAUUCACCAGUCUAGGUUUCUCAUCAGCACUGAAAGAGAUGUUCUGGAAGAGUGUCUUAAUCUUUUAUACUCAGCUCCUUUUAAGGCAGAAAUGGUGAACAAUGCCCUGCAGGUCCAGCGUAUUUUCCUGAAAAUGGCAACCACACACCAGGAGCCAUCAAAGACGGAGCUGACUGACCUCCUCAGGCCCCUCUCCGAACAGAUCCAAGAGGUUCAGAAUUUCCGGGAGAAGAACCGUGGCAGCAGCCUGUUCAACCACCUGUCUGCAGUGAGCGAGAGCAUUCCUGCACUGGGCUGGGUCGCAGUGUGCCAGAAACCAGGGCCUUACGUGAAGGAGAUGAAUGAUGCUGCAAUAUUCUACACGAACAGAGUGCUGAAAGACUACAAAGACACUGACCCUCAUCAUGUCGAGUGGGUGCAUUCCUAUCUAAGCAUCUGGACUGAACUCCAGACCUACAUUAAAGAGCACCACACCACUGGACUCGUCUGGAACAAGACUGGACCUGUAGCCCCUUCCUCUCUGUUCAGCACUCCUUCAGAUGGUCCUUGCCCUCCUCCUCCACCAGGACCUCCUCCGAUGUUCAUGGAGAACAGUCCUAAACCAGACGACACAGCAGCCCAGCACACAGCUCUGUUUGCACAGCUCAACCAGGGAGAGGCCAUCACUAAAGGUUUAAAGCAUGUGUCUGAUGAGCAGAAGUCCCAUAAGAACCCGGCCUUGCGCUCUCAGGCAAGGACACACCAGGGAUCUCCAGCCAAAGGUCAGAACUCAAGCUCAUCUGCCUGUGCACCUGCCAAGAACCAUUCCCCGGUGCUGGAACUUGAAGGAAAGAAGUGGAGGGUGGAGUACCAAAAACAGGCUCAUGACCUAGUGAUAGAAGAGACAGAGCUCAAACAGGUGGUUUAUGUCUUUGGCUGUAGCAGUUCCACACUCCAGAUCAAAGGCAAAGUCAACUCCAUCAUAGUGGAUAACUGUAAGAAGCUUGGACUUGUGUUUGACAAUGUGGUGGGCAUUGUUGAAAUCAUCAACUCCAGAGACAUUCAACUUCAGGUUUUGGGGAAAGUUCCUACCAUUUCCAUUAACACAACUGAGGGUUGCCAUGUCUACUUGAGCAAGGAUUCACUUGACUGUGAGAUUGUCAGUGCCAAGAGCUCUGAAAUGAACAUCCUGGUUCCUGAGGGAGAAGAUGACUAUAGGGAGUUUCCAGUUCCAGAACAGUUUAAAACUAUUUGGGACGGGUCCAGCUUGGUGACAGAGCCCACAAAAAUGGCUGGUUGAUUCCUCACCUUUUCCAGCGCAUCAUCUCUUUCCUCCUACUCAGAACUCUUCAUGCACUUUCACUGUAUCACACUGUUAGCUUAGACGUAAGAACUCAAUAUGAACUCAUGCAUUGUGGUUGUUAUAGUUGUAGUUUUAGGAUCAGUGCCCGGUUGCAUAAAGUACCUUUAGUGUAAUUUUCCCUAAAGAACACCCUAAAGAUUCCCUUAAAUUUAUAGGAGUUGCAGAAAAUAACCGUUACGUGUUACUUAAGGGGUUUUAUAAGUAAAACGUCAUAAUCCCUUUCGGUUUCCCGUAAGUAUUUAUUUUUUACUUAAGAACGCCCUUAAAACAUGUUAAGUGUUGCAUAAAGCCCCUUAAGGUUGGGAAAACUUCACCUUAAGUGUACGUUAAGAGUUACAAGGUUUCUAAAAAAACAAGAUGGCUUAGUUUACAGAACCAAUUGAAGAGUACAGCAGGUCAAGGCAAUUUUUUUGUGAUAGAAAAACGAUUGCAGGAGUACAUAUUUGACCAUCACGUAAUAUGAGAAAUUGCCAACAAGCUGGAGGGCGUUCUAAUAGGAACACACACAGAGAAUUGUGCCUAGUAUUUUCAGCUCUCUGCAUCUUUACAAGCUGUAUAAGUGGAUGCAUUAAAGUCAUGUCGCAAGUUCAUUUGCGAUAUAUCGCGAAUAUGUACGCGAAUCAGUUGCAAUCAGUUCUCUGCACAUGUGCAUGACCACCACUAAUAUUCUUAAUAUCAAUCAGUUGCAAUCAGUUCUCUGCACAUUUAUACAAACAUCUAAACAUCUUGCACAACCAUCCACCCCGUACCUGGCACAGUCAUUCAAAUUCAAAGGUGUCUUCCUCAGGAGGGCGCUUACCGGCCGUAAAAGCAGAAUCCUUCAUUAAUUGGUCCGCAUGGAAAACUCAGGAUGGUUUUUUUACUUAAACGGGAAAGAUUUGAACACAAAAAAGUGUUUGAAUCUAUUAAUUUCGAGGAUUGUACAUCAUACAAAUGGAAAUACGCCCGUGUUUCCUCCAGAAAUUAGUAUGUAUGCAGUAAUCACAAACGACUGUAAAGUGCUGAGAACAGUUGUCAUGUGACAACACUCCCCUCAUGCAUUUAUUUGCCACUUCAGAAGAGGUCGGACUAUAAUUUACACAUUAAUAGUGAUACUGAGAAAGUUUAAUAGUCAUUUAAAUGAAAAUAAAAACAUAGUAUAAAUUGAAAGUAUUUUCUAUGUGGUAAAAUUGCCCAAAUGUUGGUCGGGAUAUUUCCAAUCUUCUGAAAGUAGGUAGGGACAUGUUAUAUCCAUGGUAACAGUAGAAUUCUAUGUAGUAAAACCCUUAACAGUUUCCCUUAGCUAUAUGCAACACCCUCAAGUCAUUUCCUUAGGUAAGGGAAAAUCACACUUUAAGUGUUAUACUUAAGGGAAAAACUUAAGGUGUUUUAUGCAACCGGGCACAGAUCAUUACAAUUAAGAGCAAAAUAUUUGCAAAUUCUGUUUUCCACACACCAAUUUGGAAUUUUUCACCUUUUUAUUGUGCAGCGUCAUGGCACGAUAAUUUGUUAAUAUGUAAUUUGUUUGUCAUCAACACAAAGUGAUCUGUAACGUCAAAGUUAUAUGUCAGUAAGUAACUUUUAAGAAAUAAAUUUCUUAAAGGAAUAUUUCGGGUUCAAUACAAGUAAAGCUCAAUCGACAGCAUAUGAUUACCACAAAAAUGUAUAUGGACUCAUCCCUCCUUUUCUUUAAAAAAAAAAAAGCAAAAAUCAAGGUUACAGUGAGGUAGAGGUCUGCAUUCCCUCAGAACUCCCAUAGGACCUGUGGCACCCGAUAAAUUUCAGUGUUGAAGGCGAGAGUGGACGGUACCUCCAUGAGAUGUGGACGGGAGAGGGCGGUCAGAGAAUAGCCUGAAAAAUCCGAUUUAGAUCUCUUUAUUUAUUUUAUUAAUUAAUUAAUGCAACGUAAAAUUAAUGUGUAAACAGCUUGUGCAUUAAAUUAUCCAACAUUUAGAGCAGGCAGGUAUACAACUGGGCUUUAGAAGAAUGGCAGAGCAAAGCGCACACUGUGUCAUCAAAGGAUGUGGAACUUGAACUAGAAAAUGCUCAAUUUAGCGUUAAGAAACCAACUUCAGCGUUAAAAUUUGCGUCAUAUUCACACGUCAUCUGGUAAUAGCAAUAACAGAAAAAUAAAACGUUCUUUGUUUACACUUGUCUAUUUGUAUGGCUUUUGCUCUUUGUGGAAAACAGAUGCGGGAACGGGAGAUGUCGGGAAGAAAAUCACUGCGGGCAGAGAGCAGGUGAACAUGGAGUAAAAUUCAGUGGGAGCGUUCGGUUGUGGGAUAGAAACUUGCGGGAGCGGGAUGGAAAAAACAGUCCCACGCAGACCUCCACAUUGAGGCAUUUACAAUGGAAGUGAACGGGGCUACGUUUUUUGAGGGUUUAAAGGCAGAAAUGUGAAUCUUAUAAUUUUAUAAAAGCACCUACAUUAAUUUAAAAAAGUGUGUAUUAUUUGAGCUGUAAAGUUGUUUAACUUUAAGCUUGGAUGGGCCUACUGAGAAAAAUUAGUAUCAUUAAAAUAUUAAUAACUAUAGUCUUGACCAACACAAAAUAGGUCUUGUUUUAAAGCUUAGAAGCUGUACUUUACAAUGCAUUUAGGAAUUAUGACAAAAACUGAAGUUCUUUGAAAUUUUCAGACAAAUCAGAAGUGUUCCAUUUUGAUAAUUUAUUAAUAAUUGUGCACUGCACGAUUUAUUGUAAUUGGUAAAAACAUCAAACUGAUCAAAUAACCAUGUGUCAUAUGUCGUUUGAAAGUUCUCAAAGAGUAGAAUACAACCAGAUAAUCCACACGAAGCACAAUGUACACACAGCACAUCAUUUUAUAUUUGUCUAAAAACACAUUCGCUUUCCUGGAUCAGAUUUCUUCAUCGGAAAUGAUGUAGUACGUUGUCCAGCAUCAUGGAACGCUAAACCAAUCGUAUUAGGAUUCAGAUCGCUGCAACCAGAGAUGGAAGUCAUCCAAAUAUGAGCAGAGAGGAUUGUUCACUCUAAUUUGUUUCUGAGAGGCUUUUGGACACUUGGGGAUGUUUUUGGACACUAGGAUAAAUUAUUUUUGUAAUGCUAUAACUUUUGAUUGAUUUGUCUUAUUAACACACAAUUUUACUCAGUUACAGGUGACAUGAUUGGAAAUUAAACAAAGGUAAAGGUUUUCUAAGGUAAAAAAAAAAAAACUUAUUUACACCCUGAAAUAUAAUAAUGUAAAAUCAGAAAAAUCAGAAAAAAAAAGCUUUACUCAGAAAAGGUUAGUAAGCGAUUUUAUUAAACUAAAAUCAUGUUAACAAGCAUAUUGUUUAUGUCUUGUGGCUAUACUUUUGAAACAGUAUUUUAACAUUUACAAAUUGGCCCCAUUCACUUCCAUUGUAAUUCCCACACUGUAACCCAGAUUUUUGAUUCUUUUUUUAAAAAAAGAAGAAAAAAAGGGACGAGUCUAAAUUAUUUUUUUGUGGUAAUCAACAUUAUGCCACAAAUGCUGUUGAUUGAGCUUAACUUGUACUGAACCCGAAAUAUUCUGUUAAAUUGUUGUUCAUUUAACUGUCUGGAGUUUUUGUCUUUGACAUUAAAGACUACUUUCUGUUGAUUGCAUAAAAUCUCAGUUAAAUAAAUCAUAGUACUUUGCAGUAAACAAUUGAAAUUUGAUCCAAAGGCAAUAAAUGUUUUUAAUUGAAGGCCCUGUAUUUCCAAAUGAACCCAUUAGCUUUUUGAUAGUGACUGUUUUCUCAAACUUAGAUUAAGCAUGGUUUCAGAUUUAAUAGAAUUACAGAAGUGAUUCUCCGGUAGAGAGGUUAUCUUAAUUUGUUUAGGGAAACCAGUCCAUUGUGUUUUGUGUUGUUAGAUUUGACAUUUCCUACUCUCAACAGGCCCCAGUUUCAGUUCAUAACAUAUUAUUUUGCAAUAAAGCAUGCUUAUAUUUUGAAGUAAAUUCAGUUGCAUGGUAAACUUGAGAGAAAAAUCAAUGGAUCAUUUAGAGUCGAGGCGCUUUUUAAAAGUGUGAUAACUGGUCUUUGUUCGUCAAAUGAAUGAGUGCCUUUGGGGAUUUCUUUUUAUAAGAUUUUGUAUUAUCUUAAUUUAGUUUAAAAACUAGAAUGCUUAAUUUUGUCUCUUUACAACUGCCCAUAUCUGAAAUCUCCUGUUAGUCACAAAGGUUUAUAUUGACUGGCAUCCCAGAUGUCAUUCAACACCAUCAGCAUGGUAAUAACAUGUGCAUGUGCCAUGUUAAAACAUAACAAAAAGUAAAAUUUAGUAGGCUCAUUAUUGGGUGAAGCCUGCAAAUGAACUGUCCAUCAUUUACUAUACUAUGUUUGUAUUCUCACUUUCACAUCUGUCUGUAAAUGUACAUUAUGCUUUAAGUGUUCUUGAACGUACUUUAGCUGAUUUUGAAUGUAUGCCAAUAGGUGUUAAAUUGUAGCAUUCUUUAGUCCUUAAAAGGGAAUAAUUAUGUUACAUUUGUUUGGUCAGUGAACAGCCUACAGUACAUUUAACUAAACAUUACUGUAAUGCAGUUUUAUCAAUUAUAAACACAAAGUAAAAUUUGUGUACACUGUAUUAAAUUGCACACCUUAAAUUGUACUUUACCAUUACCAAAGUAUGUUCACGUUACCAUAUAUUCUAUCAAAUAAAGUCAUUGUGAACUAA